UACGAGUAGGCUGGUAUAUACAGUAUCAUCGGUAACAAUUAUGUACAAGCCACCUAGCUAAUAAAAUACUGGGGCUAGCUAGUUACAUUUCAAUCAUAGCGAUUGCCUAAUUGAGGCGCAAUAGAGUUCACUGGCGAAUACCGGAAAUAACUAAGCCAACGAACGAGAAAUGGUGGAGGCUAACAGAAUGAAGAGACAUUUUUCCGAAUAAACGCGUGGGUUUGCAGGAGCCGGUGUCUUGUAGAAAGGGAAGGAAGAGGAUACGCUGUUAUAGAAUGUAUGGUAUGUGAGCAGGUGAACUUGAAUAAAUGCCCAUGUUAAUUAGUAACUAACGUCUAGUUAUUGCAAUAUCACACUAUUCUAGUAAACCAGUAAGAGAAGGACAAUCCCCUCCGGACAGGAGCAGCAGACCUGAGUUAGUCGUGAGACAGAGGAUAACUUUCCAGACCAGUUCACCGUGUCAGCAGCUGUGAAGGGGGUCAAAGACUAACGGUAAAGAUCAAACCAGAAUAUUAGUUAUUGUGCACUCGACCUUCAGAGUGAUUGUUCCCUAAGUGAAAUAUGCAAUUACAUGCUAAAACGUGACAAUAGGAUCUCGCAGCCUCAUGCUUGCUCUGCACAACAAUAAUACCCAUUGUAAAAGCCCAUCUGAACUAUCUUGGCUUAACGAUAAGAAUCUUUCACCAUUUCCUACCGAAGUACCUCCUCACUAGGCACAGACUUCAGUUCUACGUCUACUUUGGAUUAACAUUUGUUUGAGUUGUCAACGAACCUUGAAUUCAACGUGAAAUCCACAACACAUUUUCACCAUGUCAUUGGAUUGAGGUUAGAAGUUGGAUGAAAAAAGACUAAAUGCCCUUACAUUGGUAACUUUUUGCAAAUCUAAUCUGUUUUUCACAUUGAUUCAACGUCAUCACAUUGCUUUUUUUUUGUUGGUUGAAAUGACGUGGAAGCAAACACACAGACUAUUUUGAUUCAAACAGUUUUUGCCUAGUGGGUCAUGUUUUCAACUCACUGAUCAACAAUGGAGACACCUGUCCCUGAGCUGCUGCUGGCCACUCUAGAGGACAACCUGUGUGAAAAAAAACUAAAGAAGUUCAAAUGGCACCUGGUCCAGGGUGUAAAAGGUUUCCCUCAACACAUCCCAAAGGCUCGGCUGGACAAAGCCGACCACCAGGACACUGUGGAUAAGAUGGUGGAGACUUACGGCCUUGAGGGUGCAAAGAUGAUCACACUGGAGGUCCUGAAGAAGAUGAAGCUGAUUGAUCUCACUAAUAUGUGGACAGAACCAGCAGCCCGGAGUAGUCCAGCAGUGGUUCAGAAAGUCAGAGAUGAACUGAAAUCGUACCUAAAGAAGAAGUAUGACCAAAUAUAUGAGGGGACAUCAAAGAAAGGGGAUUUUGUCUAUCUAAACAAGAUCUACACUGAGCUUUACGUGAUAGAUGGGGCCAUGGGAGGGGUCAGUGGUGAUCAUGAGGUCAGAUGUCUGGAUUCCAGAACACCAGCCACAGAAGAGACUGUUAAGCUCAGUGAAAUAUUCAAACCCCAGCCUGAUCAGAAGAAACGAAUCAGAACAGUGCUUUCACUGGGCAUCGCUGGCGUGGGAAAAACUGUCUCUGUACAGAAGUUUAUUCUCGACUGGACAGAAGGAAAGGAGAACCAGGACAUUGACUUCAUCAUUCCACUUCCUUUUCGCCAAAUCAAUAAAAUAAGAGAGGAAGACUGCAGUCUGAUUGACCUGCUUCAUCAGUUCUUCCCCUUCAUGGAACCAAUCGAUACUCUGGAGGAAGGUUUUAAGGUUCUGUUCAUCUUUGAUGGUCUGGAUGAGAGUCGGCUCCCUCUGGCCCUUAAUCAUAAUAAAGAUGUGGCUAAAGACACAAAAACAGCCCCGCUGGACGUCCUGAUCACAAACCUCAUCACAGGACAGCUCCUCCCUUCUGCUCUCAUCUGGAUAACCUCCCGACCUGCAGCAGCCAAUCAGAUUGAUCGAAACUACAUCCACCAGUGGACCGAGAUACGAGGUUUCAAUGACCCUCAGAAGGAGGAGUACUUCAGGAAGAGAUUCUGUAAUGAUGACCAGGCCUACAGAAUCAUCAACCAUAUAAAGUCUUCAAGGAGCCUCCACAUUAUGUGUCACAUACCAGUGUUUUGUUGGAUUUCAGCCACUGUUCUGAAUGAUAUCCUGGGUAAAACAAAGAGUGGAGAGAUGCCAAAGACUCUGACUAAAAUGUACGAACACUUCCUGCUCUGCCAGACUGAUAAAAUGACAGAACAGAAGUAUCCCACAGGUAGUAAAAACGCUGUCCUUCAACUUGCAAAACUAGCAUUCUGUCAACUGCAAAAAGGACAAUUGAUUUUCUAUGAGAAAGACCUGCGAGAGAGUGGUAUUGACAUUGAGGUGGCUAUAGUGUACUCGGGUGUGUGCACUGAAAUAUUUCUGGAGGAGGAGAAAGUUUUUAGCUUUGUGCAUCUCAGUGUUCAGGAGUUCCUUGCAGCUCUAUAUGCUUACCACUGUCACACAACAGACAACAACAAUGUACUUCUCCCAAAGCUGACAAGGAAACAUUCAAUAUUUUGUUUUGAAUGUAUUCCACAGUCUUGGAAAUCUGUGUUUGACUUACAUAAGACGGCAAUCGACAAAGCCUUAGAGAGCCAGAAUGGACACUUGGACCUUUUCCUCCGCUUCCUGCUUGGUCUUUCACUGGAGUCCAAUCAGAGACUCCUGAGUGGAAUCCUACCAGAGACAAAGGACAGAGAGGACAUUGAGAAAACAGUCAGCUACAUCAAGGAGAAAAUCCGAGAGGACCUUUCUCCAGAGAAGAGCAUCAACCUGUUCCACUGUCUGAGUGAGCUGAAGGAUGAGUCUCUGGUGCUGGAGAUCCAGAGCUAUCUGAGAUCGGGGAGUCUGCCAGUGAAUAACCUGUCACCUACACAGUGGUCAGCACUUACCUUUGUGUUAAUGACAUCUGAGGAAACUCAAGAGGUGUUUGACCUGAAGAAAUACAUCAGAUCAGAGGAGGGCCUCCUGAAGCUGUUGGCAGUCAUCACCUCCUGCAGGUGUGCUCUACUAGAUAGCUGUAACCUUACAGCAAGAUGCUGUGAAAUGUUGGCAAAAGCUAUUGGCUCAAACUCCUCUUACAUGAGAGAGCUGGACCUGAGUGACAAUGACCUACAGGAUUCAGGAGUGAAACUGCUCUCUGCUGGACUGAGGAGUCCAAUCUGCAAACUGGAGACACUAAGACUGAAUAGAUGUAACCUCACAAAGAACUGCUGUGUAGCAUUGGCCUCAGCUCUGACUCCGAGGUCAAACACCUCACACCUAAGGAAGCUGGACCUGAGUGACAACAAUCUACAAGACUCAGGGGUCCAGAAGCUUUCUGAUAGACUGAAUGAUCCACAAUGUAAACUGGAGACACUGGGGUUGUCACUCUGCGGAGUCACCGAGAAAGGCUGUGCUUAUCUGGCUUCAGCUCUGAGGUCAAACCCCGACCACCUGAAAGAGUUGGACCUGAGCUACAAUCACCCAGGAGAUUCAGGAGUAAAGCUGCUCUCUGCUGGACAACAUACAGUCAGGUUUCACCCUGGGGGAGAAUACUGGUUCAGCGUUAGAUAUGCCUGUAACCUCACACUGGACCCAAACACAACAUUCAGAAAUCUAUCUUUGUCUGAGGAGAACAGGAAGGUGACAUGGGUGACCACGAAGCAGCCAUACCCUGAUCACCCUGAGAGAUUUCACGACUAUGCACAGGUGCUGUGUAGAGAGGGUCUGACUGGCCGCUGCUACUGGGAGGUCGAGUGGAGUGGGAAUAGGGUUGAAAUAGGUAUGACAUAUAAAGGAAUCAGCAGAAGAGGACAGAUAGAUGACUGUGUUUUGGGACACAAUGACAAAUCCUGGUGUCUAGAUUGUGAUGGUAACCAAUACACUGCCUGGCACAAUGAUGAGGACACUGUCAUAUCUGUCUCCUCUCGCUCCAACAGAGUAGGAGUGUCUCUGAUUUGGUCGGACGGCAGUUUGUCCUUCUAUAGCAUCUCUUCUUCUAACACGUUGACACACCUGUACACAUUCCAUACCAAAUUCACCGAGCCCCUCUAUCCAGGGUUUAAUAUUACAAACAACUCUUCAGUGACUUUGUGUCAUAGAUACCGAAUGAGAAGUUCCCAGGCUCAAUUUCCACCGUAUAUAGGCAAGAGCCUGAUACACUAUGCAACAGAGUGAGACUUGAAAGGAGCGCACCUUAAAAUGGUGGUGGUGGGAGAGAGAACCUGCUACAGUUGUUUAGAUGGGAUUUUGAAAAUGAAGAUUCUGAGUUUAUAAAGUGAAAACGAUGAUUCAUUCUAAGAUGCAUACUUUCACAUAUAAUUCAGUUGUGCAUUCGGACAGGAGUCCUGCAUUCGGACACGAGUCCUGCAUUCGGAGAAAUGUUC